AUGAAGUACUCUACUUCUUCUUACUUUUCAUUGUUAUAUCUUUUCAUUAUCGUAGCUCAUGCUCAUAAACCUCACGAGGACGACUUCAUACAAUGCCUCUCCCGCCGUAUCUCAAAACACUCUACAAACUUUUCUAAACUCAACUACACUCCAAACGACUCGUCGUUUAUCUCUGUCUUGAAUUCCACCAUACAAAACCCCCGAUUAUCCUCUCCUUCAACGCUAAAACCGCUCGUUAUCGUCACACCUUCGAAGGCCUCCCAUGUUCAAGCCUCUGUGUACUGCUCAAAGAAAAAUGGCUUGCAGAUUCGAACACGAAGCGGUGGACACGAUUUCGAAGGUCUCUCAUACGUGUCCGAAGUUCCUUUCGUCAUAAUAGACCUGAGAAACCUAACUUCGAUCACCGUAGACGUGCAUGAAAAAACUGCAUGGGUUGAAGCUGGAGCGACCAUUGGAGAGGUUUAUUAUAGGAUUUCGGAGAAAAGUAAAAUCCUCGGCUUUCCUGCUGGAUUUUGCCCCACGGUAGGUGUUGGUGGGCACUUUAGUGGCGGUGGCUAUGGACCUUUGAUUCGAAAGUAUGGCCUUGCAGCUGAUAAUAUCAUUGACGCUUACAUAGUCAACGUUGAUGGGAAGAUUCUUGACCGAGAAUCUAUGGGGGAAGAUCUGUUUUGGGCUAUACGUGGUGGUGGUGCAGCAAGCUUCGGAAUCGUUCUCGCUUGGAAAAUCAGAUUGGUUCAUGUUCCAUCGACGGUGACAAUAUUCGAUGUUAGUAAAAUCUUGGACCAAAAUGGCACCAUGAAGCUUGUGAACCGGUGGCAGUACAUUGCUGACAAGUUAGAUGAAGAUUUGAAUAUCUUUCUCAGGUUCAGAACUAUGAAUUCUCCAAAUAAUAAUAAGUUAGCAAUACAAGCUCAAUUCAUGUCCUUGUUCCUCGGUGGGGUGGAUAGUCUUCUUCCAUUGAUGGAAAAGAGCUUCCCUGAGUUUGGUUUGAAAAGAGAAGAAUGUGCCGAAAUGAGUUGGAUUGAAUCUGUGGCAAAUUUCUCCGGAAUCCCAAUUGGGGAGACAGAAAAAUUGCUUGAUAGAACUCCACUAUUUGUUUUCUCAUUCAAGGGGAAGCUGGACUAUGUGAAGAAGACUAUUCCGGAGAAGGUAUUGAAAACAAUGUUGGAGAAGUUAUAUGAAGAUGAUAUAGGAGUUGGAUUGUUUCAAUUUUUUUCUUAUGGUGGGAAAAUGAAUGAGAUAUCUGAAACAACGAUUCCAUUCUCCCACCGAGCUGGUAACCUCUACAAAAUUCUUUACUAUUCCCAGUGGGUUCAACAAGAAGGAGAUGAUGGUAAAGCAGCUGAUAUUAGGCAUAUUAAUUGGCCGAGAAGUGUUUACAAGCACAUGACUCCUUACGUAUCCAAAAACCCAAGAGGUGCAUAUGUAAACUAUAGGGACCUUGACUUAGGUAAAAAUAACGAAAAGGUUCCAACAAGUUACGCAAAAGCAAGUAUUUGGGGAAAGCAGUAUUUUGGUGAAAACAACUUCAAUAGGUUAGUUCAUGUGAAGACUAAGGUUGAUCCGACAAAUUUCUUCAGAAAUGAACAAAGCAUUCCGCCUCUUCAAUUGCCACGGCCGGGUAAUUAAGAAGAAGCCCAUCUUGAAUUAGUGAUUCUUAAUUUCCAUGAAGAAUAAUAACCAUCCAUCUUGAAUUCGAAAUUCUUGUCAACUUUCUUGUAUAAAUAUUUUGAAAUUAAAACCAUCCAUCUCGAAUUGGUUUUUUCUUCUUAUAUGAUUAUGCAAGUUGCAAUAAAUUUUAUAAUAUAUCACU